GGCCCCCCACCCCUUGGUGCCGAUAAGAUAACGCUGGGGCGGAGGUGCCGACCACUAUAAGAGGAUGUCCUGGUGGGCCCUGCUACCACUGAGCCCUGACCGCCACCCCCAGCCGCCACCAUGCUGACCGACUCUGACAAGAAGCUGGUCCUGCAGGUGUGGGAGAAGGUGAUCCGCCACCCAGACUGUGGAGCCGAGGCCCUGGAGAGGCUGUUCACCACCUACCCCCAGACCAAGACCUACUUCCCCCACUUCGACUUGCACCAUGGCUCCGACCAGGUCCGCAACCACGGCAAGAAGGUGUUGGCCGCCUUGGGCAACGCUGUCAAGAGCCUGGGCAACCUCAGCCAAGCCCUGUCUGACCUCAGCGACCUGCAUGCCUACAACCUGCGUGUCGACCCUGUCAACUUCAAGCUGCUGGCGCAGUGCUUCCACGUGGUGCUGGCCACACACCUGGGCAACGACUACACCCCGGAGGCACAUGCUGCCUUCGACAAGUUCCUGUCGGCUGUGUGCACCGUGCUGGCCGAGAAGUACAGAUAAGCCAUCGCUCGUGCCGAAGUGCCGUCAAUAAAGACACCUUUGCUGCA